ACUGAGGCAGAAGUGAAUCCCAAAGCUUACCCGCUGGCCGAUGCACAGCUCACCAAAACGCUACUGGAUCUCGUGCAGCAGUCCUGCAACUAUAAGCAGCUACGCAAGGGAGCCAAUGAAGCCACCAAAACACUGAACCGAGGGAUAGCGGAGUUCAUUGUGAUGGCGGCAGAUGCAGAGCCCCUGGAGAUCAUCCUGCACCUCCCUCUUCUUUGCGAGGACAAGAAUGUACCUUACGUGUUUGUGCGCUCCAAGCAAGCCCUGGGCCGGGCGUGUGGAGUUUCCCGACCUGUCAUUGCCUGCUCCAUCACCAUCAAGGAGGGAUCACAGCUAAAGCCUCAGAUCCAGUCUGUCCAGCAAGCUAUAGAACGACUGUUGGUCUAAAUUCCCAUGAGUUUCAAGUGUGUAUGGAAUAGGAAAGUUGAAGUCAGGGGGAAUUAAUGUUUAGCUUCAGUUGAGAUUAUAGUUUUUAUAUCAGUGUUUCAUUUUAAAACACGUUUUUGAUUAAUAACGGCUAAAUUCUUGGUGU